GGACGGAAGGAGUAUAUGAUCGUGUGGAGUCUGUGAACUGGAGUAUCAAUUCAAGUAUGUCUGUGGAGUAAUGAUCAAAAACAGAGUCUGCUUCCAUAGGAAUCAAACCUAGGGAUUUGAAUCAGGAGAUUCUCAACCUCAUCAUCGAUGGGUUCAGAUCCGACGACGUGAGGUCCAAUCUGAAAAUGGCGGCAACAGUAUCGAAUCGGAAGAUUGUCUACCACGACGAGACGGCCGACGGCGGCUUGAUGGCCCCCUGUAGAAGAGGCGAGAACGCCGACUCCGAGAUCAGCUCCGACGUAAGGUCCGACGAGAGAUUCAUCGACAAGUAUGUACCUCCUCCUCGUGCGUUUGCCAGUUCGGAGGAAAAUAAGGACGAGGGCGGGAAGGAUCGAAAGCCCGAUUACUUCCAUGUUUCCACACCCCGCGGCCAAGGCACUGACAGCCACAGCUUAGCUGAAAGAGAAAGAGUGAGGAGGGAGAAAAUCGGCGAGAGAAUGAAAUAUCUACAAGAUUUAGUACCAGGGUGUAGUAAAAUCGUGGGAAAGGGCGAAAGGCUCGACAAAAUCAUCAAAUAUAUCCAAUCUCUUGAAACACGAGUGAAGUUCUUAGUUGCUGUAAGAUUUUCCCUCGACUUCAACAUUGACAGCUUUUUCGUGAAAGAGGUAAAGAAACUAUCACAAAGCCCGAUAACGAACAAGGAACUCGCACACUGCUGCCAAGCCACUGACAGCCACUGCUUAGCUGAAAGAGUGAGGAGGGAGAAUAUCAGGGAUAGAUUGAAAUAUCUGGAAGAUUUAGUACCAGUAUGUAAUAAAAUCAAGGGAUAUGUCGGAAGGCUCAACAGAAUCAUCGACUAUAUCGAAUAUCUUCAAGAAAAAGUGGAGUUCCUGUCCCCGAAAGUAGCUGCGGUAAAUCCAUCACCCGACUUCAACAUUGACAGCUUUUUUGCGAAAGAGGUUUUUCUGGCAAGCACAUCAAUGGAAUUUGAUACUCCAGACAACGGAGCACAUCUUGGGAGGCCAUAUCAGAGCGGCCCUAAUUCAGAGAAGAAAGAUAUGAGAGAGCAAUUAAGUGAAGAAUGCUUAACUAAGAGUGUACUUAGUUUCGAUGAUACAACAAAACAAAAAUCGUUGCCAGAUCUAAGGACUCUGACUCCCUUGGGUCAAUAUUUUGCUGAUGAGAAGAUUCUAAAUAAAAACAAGAAGAUUUUCAACGGCGCCGUGAGGUUUGACGACUUGAUGCCCCCCUUUACCAGAGGCGAGAACCCCUGAACUGAGAUUAGCUUUGACGUGAGGUCGAAAUUUACAAACAAGUGUUUACCCCAUGUGUUUGCCAUUUCAGAGGAAAAUGAAAUCAAUGAUAAGGCGGUGAAGUUCUACAGCAGACAGGGAACAGGUAGUUGGGGUUCAUUGAAACUCGUACAUCCAGUGACAUUGGAGGAGUUGGGCCCAGAAAAUAAGGGCAUAAUUUCUGACUUGAUGAGAUUUGUGAUGGAGAAGGAGUUUUACAAGAAGGUAGGCAAGGCUUGGACGGGGUUUUACUCUUUGUACGAGCCUCCUGGUACUGAUAGAUCGAGCUUAAUCGGUGCCAUGGCCAACUAUCUUGAAUUUGACAUCUAUAAUUUGGAUCUUACGAGUUUACCCUCCAUCGAGGAGCUGAAGAAAAUGCUAGGCUCCAUCAGGAAUCGCUCCUUAAUUUCUAUUCAAGAUUUUAAUCACUGGCCUGGGAUGCUUUCUAAGUUCAAGACUGAGUUGACAGUCCCAUGUUUGUUGAAGAUCUUUUAUCACCUGUUUUCAAGCUGUGGUGAUGAGCACAUCAUUGUUUUUACAACCCAACACAGAGACCGACAUGAUGCUGCUCUGCUGCGCCCUGUUGGCACAGAUAUGCACAUUUACGCGCCUUCACCUCAGCCUUUAGCCUUACCAGAAGAAGAUGAUGAAAUUGUAGAAGGUGGUGAAAGAGUAAAGGUUUAUUCAGGAUUACUAUAGGCUAAACCGGAUGAAGAAUCUGCAGACUUGGGUAUGGAGAUUGAAGAAGGCAAAGGUGAAAAAAACCUAGAAGAGGGAAUGUUAGAAAUUACUAAGGAGCUGUGUCAAGAAGCAGAAGAGGAAGAAUUUGAAGUAGAAGAAGGGAACCAGAAAUUUACAGAUCCAGAGAAAUUGGAAACUCAAGAUGCUCUGUUGAUUCAAGAGAGAGAA